AUGUCCAAACUACUAUCCAUUGAGUGUCCUGGGAAUUAUAAAGCCUAUGAGAGAAAACUGAAUCCAGGAAUUCUGCACUACACAGGAUCAGAAGGGCUAGACUGGAGUGCAAAGAUGACAGCCAUGACGGGCACCUUCAGGCCUCUUUCGGAAGAGGAGCAGGCUUUGCGUACUAAACUCGAGCGACUGACCACCAGCGACCACGGUCCUGUGUUUGGGAAGCAUGAGAAGAUCCCAGCACACACCUUGCAGAAGGCUAAAGAUGAAUUGAACGAGACGCUAGAGAAACGUGAGUUAGCCGUGAAAGAGCUUCACGAACUUAUCCAAGAGAAAGCUAAAGAUGGAGAACACAUUUGCAAAGCAGUGGCUGAGAAAAUGCAGGGGAAGGAAGAUGCUUUUCUCCUCCGUUUCUUACGUGCCCGCAAGUUUGAUAUCAACAGAGCUUACGAUUUGGUUAAAGGUUACGUCAACUUCCGCCAGCAGUAUCCAGAACUCUUUGAAAACCUGGUCCCCGAGGCCGUACGGAGUACCAUCGAGGCUGGCUACCCUGGCAUCUUGUGCAACAGGGAUAAAUACGGUCGGGUGGUGCUGCUGUUCAACAUAGAGAACUGGGAUUAUGAAGAAAUCACAUUUGAUGAGAUCCUCCGUGCUUACUGCGUGAUCUUGGAGAAGCUGCUGGAGAAUGAGGAAACUCAAAUCAAUGGCUUCUGUAUCGUUGAAAACUUCAAGGGAUUCACCAUGCAGCAAGCCUACGGCAUCAAGCCUUCGGAACUGAAAAAAAUGGUGGACAUGCUACAGGAUUCCUUUCCAGCUCGAUUCAAGGCGAUCCAUUUCAUUCACCAGCCUUGGUAUUUUACCACUACCUACAACGUUGUCAAACCCUUCCUGAAGAACAAGCUCCUGGAAAGGGUCUUUGUGCACGGGGACGAACUUGACACCUUCUUUCAAGAGAUCGAUGCUGAUAUAUUGCCAGCUAAUUUUGGAGGCAACCUGCCCAGAUACGAUGGCAAGAUGGUCGCCGAGAAGCUUUUUGGGAUCUGGACGGACACCGAAGACACAACGCUCUAA